UAAUUGACUUGUACAAAUCACGUGAUUGGCAGAACCAUGCUCAAUGUGUUUAUGAGGAGAUCCUAUUUAAAGAAAUCAGUCUCGCAACUUCAACUUCCGACCUAUUUACUUCGGGAUAAUUACUUAUACACAUUAAUUAUCAGCUUAAAAGUGAAUAUGGAGGCCAAACUUGUGCUAAUUGUAAUUUUAUUUCCUUGUUUAUGGUUUGUGGAUGGCUGUAACCGAAAUGUUACGAUUAAUUGUUCCGGUCAUGCUACAUGUCAUUACCACAAGGCUGCACGGUCUUUAGACAACAAUGAAAAGGAACAAAAGGACAAAUAUUAUUGGAAGAGGACGUAUAGUAUCACACUCCAAGGGGACCCGUGUAAUUUUAAUACCUAUGACAAAAACGGGGAUGGAGCAAUCACUAAGGAAGAAAUGCAUGCGACACUCUGUAGCAACGUGGAAACCGACGUUCUAUUCGCGGACCUGGAUAUAUCGGCAGUUGAUGGAGAAAUAAAACCGGAAGAAUUUUUUGGCAUGGCACCUCUGAUUAUAACUGAUUGUUUCAACUCUACACUUCCGAAGUAUACCAAUUAAUAGAAACAAGAUAAAGACUGUGUAUGGUUUAAUUAGAUAAGGUGAUGGAAAAAUAAAUCAGACCACAUAUUUCCAUGUCACCUCUAAAUCCAAAUGAAUGUUUCAACUCUACAUUUCUGAAGAAUAACAAGAAAUAAAAUAAAAGAUAAAGAAUGUGUAUGGUUUAAUUAGAUAGGGUGAAAUAUUGCGACUUCUCGUGUUAAUUUUAAAUUUAGUCAAGUACAUUUUUGAAAUUAAGUAUGCAUUCAAUUCAACAUGUGUUUAUCAACGUAGAAAACAUGUUAAGAUAUCGAAUCAUGCAAAGACAUAUUUUAUUUUCAUUUUACCGCCACUUUCGAUAGUUAAAAGUCACAAAAAUACAUUCUGAUAUCAAAACUUUUGUUGUGGGAAACAUUCUCACUUAAGCAUACUUAUGUAUUGCUUUUUUACAUGAAAUGUUAAUUUGAUCACAGUAUUGUAUUUUACGAGAUCACUUCACUUACAUUGCAUAUAAUGAUAUAUUAUACACUGAAAGAAUGGCAUCAGAAAUAAAUUUUCAUACUUUU